CUUUGCUCUGAAGAGGCAUGGCAGCUUGGUUGUUUUUUAUCUGGAUUUGACACUGUCCACUGUUGUUGUUUAAAGUUUUUUACUUUCUUGGGCUUAUUUAAAUGUCUUUGUUUAUCGAGUUUAUAGAGUGUCCAUUUGAGCAAUUUAUCGAUUAAUGAGGCUAUAUGUCAGCCAACGUUAGCCAUAUUUCACAAAUCUAUGUCACCGGUUAGCUAACUGUUCCGUUUUGCGUUUUCAUGAGAAACGUCACAAUCUUCAGUAAACUUUGGCAUUGUGUGUCACAUUUUUGGAAGCUUCUGAACUUUGUCACAAUGCGUCGACUUUUGUCAAAACUGAUAAAUCGAGCAAUGCUGACAGGGGCAUUUACUCCAGCGAUGGGCAGCGAGGCAGAAAUGCACACUAAUGUUCGACGAAGAUUGGUUGUGGGUCUGGGCAACCCGGGCAUGGACGGCACGCGGCACAGCGUGGGCAUGGCUGUGAUCGCCGCCCUCGCCGACCGUCUCGGGGUCGCUGAUCGGUGGCGAGCUGAGAAGCACGUGUCCGGUGAGGUCAUCGUGUUGGAGCGUCAGGACACACAGAUCGUGUUGCUGCGGCCUCGCCUGCUCAUGAACAUCAACGGGGUCUCGGUGGCCAAGGCAGCGGGGAAAUACAGCAUCCAUGCAGAGCACAUCCUUCUGGUCCACGAUGAGCUGGACAAGCCCUUGGGGAAGCUGGCCAUGAAACUGGGGGGCAGUGCCAGGGGUCACAAUGGCGUCCGCUCCUGCGUUGACUGUCUACAGACAGACGUGAUGCCCAGACUAAGGGUGGGCAUUGGGAGACCGUCGGGUAAAACGUCGGUGGAUCGCCAUGUUCUCGGCCGCUUCUCCCAGGAGGAACAGAAGGUUCUGAUGGUGGUUCUAGACCAAAGCGUGGACCUUCUCCUUCGCCAGCUCACCGAGCAGGAGGUGCAGUCCCCUGCGUCGCCACCAGGGGGCAGACGGACAUCAAAAGCCAGCAAAGCGGGGGAACUGUCCACCUCGCCAGCCCAGGACUCUACCGGUGCACAGACCUGAGGCUGCAGUGCUGCUGCUAGAACUUUUAACUGACUGAAACAAAACGUCCUCAAAACAAAAAAAACUUGAAUAUGUGCAGAUGGCUUUAUUUAUUAGGAUUGUAUUUAUUUCCUGGACCAGGGUGCUUGCAAGGUGAAUCCCUGAAGUUUGCAUUCAGAAACGAUGUUGAGGAACUGAAGAUGGAGGUGGACGAGAAAUCGAUUUCUUGGUUGUUUGACCUUUGUUGGUCAGUAAUCCACCCCGCAUAAUAAUCUCAAAAACCUGAACAGGUGACCACAAUCCAGAUAAAAUGACUUGACAGUUGAACCAAAUAAAACAUAUAAACUAAGAGAUAUUGAACAAAUUGUA